UCCGGCCCCCGGGCCCUGACUUUGACACUUUUGCCUUAAAAGGCAUUUCAUUGGUUUUGUUCACGGCUUUUCAUUAACGCCUAAACGAGGGAUGUCCUGCGUAAUGAUGCUGAAUGCGUUUUUUUAAGUGGUAGAAAUUGCGGGGAGCUCUGCGCCCGCCUGCAGGUUAUUGUCAUCGCUCUGUCAGCUCAUAUUUUCAAUGACUGUGCGUGUGGGAGUGUGUUUGUGCUGGGCAGGUCUAGCCUGAAAGCGCGUCACCUCACCCACCAUCCAUCAGUGCGUGUGCACGGGGGUCCGCAAAGCCAAAGCCGCGUCUCCGCUCCUCUGCGCUCCUCUCCGCGCGCGCAAAACUUUGAUGCGCUUCAGCCGCGCGGCCAAAACAUAACCAGGGAUGAACUAAACACCCGGAGCAUCAUUCUAUUGAAGUGCUAUCAUUCUGGGGGAUAAAGACAGGUGUCGCCAUGGAAAAUACUCCUGUUGAGAUUUUUAAAGAAGACAACAAGUGCCUCUUCCCGCUGCUGGAAGGCUGUCCGGGGAAUUCGUCAGCUUGGAUGUCCGGCUACUCUGACAGCCGCAACGUGACCCACGACGAGGGCAGCUGGGAGCAGGAGGGCAUGUCUCCCAUCAUCCCCAUCAUCACGGCUGUGUAUUCUGUGGUGUUUGUGGUGGGCUUGAUGGGAAACUGUCUCGUCAUGUAUGUCAUCAUCAGGUACACAAAGAUGAAGACAGCCACCAACAUUUACAUCUUUAACCUAGCGCUCGCCGACGCCCUGGUCACCACCACCAUGCCCUUCCAGAGCACGGACUACCUUCUGAACACCUGGCCCUUCGGUGAGGUGGUCUGCAAGGUCUUCAUCUCCAUCGACUACUACAACAUGUUCACCAGCAUCUUCACGCUCACCAUGAUGAGCGUGGACCGCUACGUGGCCGUGUGCCACCCAGUCAAGGCGCUGGACUUCCGCACCCCCAUCAAGGCCAAGCUGAUCAACGUGUGCAUCUGGAUCCUGUCCUCGGCGGCGGGGAUUCCUGCCUUUGUCCUGGGCGGCACGCAGACGAACAGCGAUAUCACUGAAUGUGCCUUACAGUUCCCGGAGCCGUACGCCUACUGGGACACCAUGAUGAAGAUUUGCGUGUUCGUCUUUGCCUUCGUCGUGCCUGUGCUCAUCAUCACCGUGUGCUACUCCCUCAUGGUCCUGAGGCUGAAGAGCGUCCGGAUGCUGUCGGGCUCGCGCGAGAAGGACCGCAACCUGCGGCGCAUCACGCGGCUGGUGGUGGUGGUGGUGGCCGUCUUCGUGGUCUGCUGGACGCCCAUUCACAUCUUCAUCCUGGUCAAAGCUCUCGUGAGCGUGCCCGAAACCACCGGGAUCAUGGCGGCCUACUUCUUCUGCGUGGCCCUGGGCUACACCAACAGCAGCCUCAACCCCGUGCUCUACGCCUUUCUGGACGAGAACUUCAAACGCUGCUUCAAGGACUUCUGCCUGUCGGCCAGACUCAAAGGCGAGAAGAUGUCGGGGAGCAAGAAGACCCCCAGCACCAUGCAGGAGGCCGCCAUUGCCCUGGAGAACCCGGACGGGACUAGUCGGCCCACAUGACUAGCGGUGGAACUGUCUUCAAUUUCUCAUAUAGGAAAAGAAGACUCAAACGAUCUAGGUUUAACACACAUCACGUCAGCCAUGUAAGAUGAUUUUUAUCAGGAAACAGUGCCAUUACUGAUAGAAAAAUGCUUUUUCUAUGAUUUCACCGGUUACAGCAUUGUCGAUAACUCCGUCAUCCAGGGUGUGAGUUGGCUUCACUCCCAGUAGCUGAAGUUGUGUUCGAAAAAACAGGCAAACGUUGAAAAACGUUCCUUUUUUCCCCUAGAAAGGCAUUAUUUCCAUGCAGAACUGAUGAAGACCUUUUCUCUCCGAGGACAUUUUGACAGGAAUGAUGGAGAGUUGACUGCACUGCGUUUGAGGGAGCCGUCUUUACUCUGAACGGCUUUAACUGUCGGCGGGAAUCUUGAUGGCGCCGAGCUUUUGGGGUGAUGUUAUUGAAAGGCAUCUGUGCCUUUUCUUCUGCGUAAAAACUAAAUGUCACAUGUGAAAAAUGUACAUUAAAUAACUGUAGAGGAAAGAAUAUGUUAUUUUAAUCGUACUAAUGAUGAAAUCCUCUUUUUAUUUAUUUUUAAAGCGUUCUCAGUGGUCUUUUAAUAUAUAUAUUUUUAGCCGAAAGUUACAAAACAUUCAUUUUUUUCUGCAACUGCAACAUGAUGCAUAAAUAUUCAAACUUUUUGUAAAAUAUUCUUAAUUUUCUUCUUAAUUUUUGGGCAAUCUGAUAAAAUUUCUCUAUUAAAGCCCCACUUUGAUCUAUUUUAAACUUGUUCCUAUUGGACUUUUAUUUAUGAUUAUACCCAGGUCCGGUUGAAUACUCGAUCCUGAUUGGCUGCUGGAAGUGGAUUAAAAUGUGACAAUCCACAGUGAUAAUAUAUACAAAAAAAAAAGAAGUUCCAGUCACAUAGCUCCAAUGUUCUUUACGAAAAACCAGUGCUCACUACGUUAGCGAAUAUAGACCACAAUGCAUUGCGGUUGAAUAAUUUUUACCAAAAAAAGUGCUUAAAUGCAUAAACUAUCCACAUUUUCAUCAUCAGAACACAAUGGAGUCACAAAUAGAUACAGUGAAAUGUUCGUACUGAUUAGAUUUUUUGGAAAUCUGUGACAUCAUCGUUAAAGAAAAAGAAAGAAAUGUAGUGAGCAUGGUGUCCAAAUUGCUUUUAAAAUCCAGGGCACUAGAUAGUUUCUUUAGUAGUUGGGAAUUGGGGUGGGAAUUUAGACAUAGCCAAAGUCAUUGAAGUCAACAAAAUUUUUUCUCAUCCUCUCCAGAAUCACAACAUUUGAAUAAUAAGGCUCAGAAAUGCAAUUUUAAGCUUAAUUUUCUUAAUAUAUAUCCUUGCAUCAUCAGAAAAAUGUCACAAGACCAUGUUAAAAACGCCAUUUUCAUCAGAGUGAGUCUUAAGGAGUUUUAUCGAGAACUAUUUUAAAGAGAAUAGGCAAAGAAAAUGUAAAAAAAAAACACACACAUUUAAUUUAAACCAGAAUUUAUUAUUAUUAUUAAUUAUUUGCCACAAGUGCCUCCAGCAGUCCAGGAUAACACGUUGGUUGCAGCAGAAGUUUGAAACAGUACCUUGCAUGAAAAGCUUAAAGAUGGGGACAUAAAACUCUGGCAACGGACAUGUACCAAAAGCCUUUAACCCCCUCCCCUGAAGUGUGUGAACAGCGCUGAUUGACCUCAGUGUGAGUGACUCACAGCGGAGGAGAUGAAGUUGGGUAGGAGAAAGCUGAGGUUAGAAGAAAAAAAUUAACAUAUUCAGCUACGACAAAGCUCCUUUGUGUAAGAAAAAAGAGUCAAAUCCUGGACUUGAAUGUGCAUUUCAAUUUGACAGAGGGCUCUCUAUCAGUGUCCAGACUGAUACUUUCAUGUGUGAUGUUCUUAAUUAAGCUCAUGCACUGUUUUUGGCUUUUACUAAGGUAGAUCAAAGUCCUGUUAUGUUGUGAUUGUCGUGCAACCUGAACUGCUAUUGUGCAUCUAUGCUAACACCUGUAAAGUGUGGUUCUGUAAAUUCCUUAUUUUGUACAGAUUCAAAAGCUACGUGCGCAGACGUCAUUCAAGUAAACUGUAAUUAUAGCAUGCUAACCAUUUUUGUUGUAUUCUCAAAUGUACCAUCAACAUAAUGGACUGCUGUUAUUUUGAAUGUGCUGCAAACUGACUGUAGUUUGUAAAAUAUGUAUAAAUUCAAAGUAGUACUCUCUUUAUCUGGCUGCAACAUGUAAACAGACAAACAAAAAAGUAGCAUUUAAAAAGAAGGAGUCUACAGUGUGACAUUGAUAGUUUUUAGCUUUUCAAUCUCUUUUAAUAUAUAUGUUGAUUUUGUCUCCUGUCAUUUGUACAGGACGUGUAUUGAUCCUGUCUGUGAUGCUCUAAAUGUUGAUGCAAGCUUAAUAAAUCUAAACUUAUUCCGCUCUCACAGGGUGACAAGCUCA